CUCUCUUGCGUUGGAAUUACACGGCAUUUUAAUGAUGACGCUAUAAAACACUAACAUAAAUUCAUGACACAGUGUUGCUGAGGUCAGUCAGUCAGAUCAUCGGUUGCGAGCACGGCACAAAUUUUUAUGUUCAAGAAUCCAUUAAAAAACCAUUUAUUGAUAGAAGUGUUUUACUAACUUGAUAUUUCAAUCUUAAUUGUUUUAAUAUUUGCAAGACAUUGAAGUACACAGUGGAAUCAGCAGUGGUAAAUCAGCGCUGACAGAGUUUAUAAGCCUGGCAGCUCCCCUCCGAGCUGAUUUAAUUCCCUCGGAGUCAGUUCGGCUCUGCCUGUUUUGCAGAUCUCAUCUUGUCUGCUAUCUUUCUGGCUUCGCUGAAUUUCGAUUUGAGAAAUUCUGUCUUUGUGUCUCUUGGUGCUCUGCAGAUAAUAAUGUUGUUCUCCCAUUCCGCACCCCCCACCCCUGUCCAGCCCAGCGCAAUGACGUCGCUGAGCACGAGAGGCGCUGCGCAGCCUCCAGCAAGAGCAGCCAACAGCUGGAUGCAUUCGCCGUCACACAUGUCGACCAGCCCUCCUCUUCAUGCAUGGACUAACAAGCGGCCCUCGCUUUCUCUUCGCAUUUUUUGUUGCUCUUGCUGGAUGAUUAGAAGCGUUAUGUUUGUUUACAUCCCACUGCCCGUCUAAACAAACAAUCAGGUGAGAGGGUUCGAUGUUGCGCGGCUCCUCCGCAGCACGGGAAGUUUCCUUGAUGUGACCGAAAGGAGCCGAGGAUGCUUCUGUGUCCAGCGACAUCGACACCGUUUUCUGUCAAAGACAUCCUGAACCUGGAGCAGCAGUCGGGAGCCCUGCAGCUCGAGGGCAGCCACACGCGCCUCCCGCUGGAGCUGAAGCACCACCAGCAGGAGCAGCAACAGCAGAGUUUCGGGGAGACCACUUCGUGUGCGUUCGACCCUGGGCAGGGAGAGGAGAACAUGUCCUACAUGAGCACAGCACCUUGCCGGGACGACGCUCUGUCUCUGGACAUGUGUGCCCACACCCCCGAUCCUAGUAUGUCGGAGGCCGGAGUGGAAAGUCGGGACAUCAAGAGGUCGCGGCAGUGUGAGGAAGCGGGAAACUCGGACUCGGAGAGAGCUCAGAGGCCGCGGAGCAGAAGGAAGCCGCGGGUGCUCUUCUCGCAGGCACAGGUGUUCGAGCUGGAGCGGCGCUUCAAGCAGCAGAGGUACCUGUCCGCGCCCGAGAGGGAGCACCUGGCCACGAGCCUCAAACUCACUUCCACGCAGGUGAAGAUAUGGUUCCAGAACCGAAGAUACAAAUGCAAACGGCAGCGACAGGACAAAACGUUGGAGAUGGCAGGACAUCAGCACCCGCCGCCGCCCAGGAGGGUGGCUGUGCCGGUUUUGGUUCGAGACGGCAAGCCCUGCUUGGGUGGAUCGCAGAACUACAGCUCACACUACAGUGUGGGGUCGAGUGCCUACGGCUACAACGGCUACCCGCCGUACACCUACAGCAGCCCGCCCUAUAACAACGGCUACAGCUGCACUUACUCGAGUCUUCCAGCUCUGCCUCCUACCACCGCCGCAAACGCCUUCAUGAACAUGAACCUGGGAAACAUUGCUAACCUGGCUGGGUCCCCGCAGAGUCCCGCACACCAAGGGACUCCGGUGUCCUCCUGUCAAGGAACACUGCAGGGCAUUCGGGCUUGGUAGCCUGGGGCUCUCCCUUUGACACCCUCUUCAUGUUCAGGUGUCAACAGUUCAUUUCUACUUCAUUUUAGAACCACUGCAGUAUUUCUAAAACAGACUGAGGUUUUAAGGCGGGACUGUGAAUUAGUUUAAAAGAGUAAUUAAAAUUCAGCCAGGUGGACCUGUUCCUUUCAGUAACAUUCAGGGUCAGCAUACACAUGUUGUUCUGGUGAGUAUGAAAAUGAAAAUGAAGUAUACCGCAGGAUUACUUCCCAGCAAAAAGUAUUACAAUAAAAACUGUUGUCUGUGAUAUGGAUGAAGAAAUACGAAAUUGCAAUAUUUAUUUAAUACUGUAUAGGCCUAACAACUUUAUAAGUAAUCGGUAUAGAAACUAUUCAUAAUUGUGAUGGGAACAAAAUGGAUUAUAUACGCACAGAACAUUUUAUA